GUUUGUCCCAAAAAUGGCCGAUAAACUCGACGAAAUCAUCGACAAGGUCGCCUCCGGCCAGCGAAAAAAGGAUACAAUAGAAGACACAGAAGAAGAAGGGACAAGGAAACGAAAAAUCGAACAAUUUGAAGAUAUAGAGCGUCCCAACGAGCUGUCAGGAUUUAAGAAGCAAAAAAUUGAAGAAAACUCGGAGAUACAUGCGGAAGAAACUGAAGAAUCAGUGGAGGCCCAAAUGGUGAUGAAAAAGCCGUCUGAAGAGCCGGAACUGAAGCGGAGAAAGAUUCUCAUUCACAUGGAGCCCUCAAUCACGGAAACGAACCCAAUGAGGAUCUGGACCGUCGCCGACGAUCUGGCGCUUCUCACCGCCGUCGCUCACGUUCAAUGCAUCCGUUUCAUCCACAAUUCGCUGACAUUUUCGCGAAAAUUCACAUUUUCCGACGUAGAAGAGCGUUAUUGUCAGCUAAUGUUCGACGAAGAAAUAUCAAAAUCCGCAAAAGUUCGACUUGACGCCAUGCCACAUCGUUUGAAAGCUCAAAUCGAGGCGAGGACGCCAUUUACCAGGAAUGAGGAGCGCACUCUUAUGGAAUUGGCGGAAAAUCAGCUGAAAAACGCCAGAAAAGAGCGACAAGACGUGGAAAAUCACACAGUUUUGACGAUUCUCCAUUUUAAGAAGAUUUUAGACGGAAAUCGGCAAUCCUUCCACAAAUCACGUACUCCACAAGUCCUUUCCGAUCAUUAUCGACGUAUUAAAGGAUAUCGUUCAGAACAAGGAAAUAACUAUAAUUGGCAGGCAUUGGAAGCUUUAACUGAUGGAAAUACUAUGGAUUUUGACAUUAAUGCUCCACUUCAAGCCGCUCGGAGUCGAUACGCAGCAAUUUCCCGUCGUCCAGCUCUAAGUGGAAUUCUCAACAGAUUUAAGACAAGUGGAUCAGUUCCAGACAACGCAAUUGCUAUGAUAAAUGGACAAUUUCUACAAUAUGCAAUGACUGGAAAAUCUGUAACGAUGGGUAGAGCUUCACUAAACGAAAAAAUCGAUAUUGAUCUGUCGAAAGAGGGUCCCGCCACGAAGGUUUCCCGUCAACAAGCGGUGAUUUGUCACGUGGCAGACGACAAAUUCACGAUUCAAAAUGUUGGCCAACGAAUAAUGUAUGUGGACAGCAAGCCACUUCCACAAAUGGUCACAACUUCGCUUAAAAAUGGCUCAAUAAUUGAAAUCGUCUCACUUCGCCUGGUGUUCAGUAUUCCAGUUCCACGUAUUCUCCAUCCAAUCACUCGACAAUGUGCUCUUCAACACAAAAAAGUUCAACAAGAGCAGCAACGGAGCCUCUACGGAACACCGCAAGGACCACCACCACCACCAAAAAAACCACGUGGAAAAGUGGCCGGAGGGCCGCCCGGAAUUGUGCAAAAAGUCGUGAGACGAGUCGAUUCUGGAGGAUCGGAUUUUUAAAUUUUGUUUUGUUAAUUAAUUGUUUAAAACUUCUUUUUUUUUUUUUGAACGAAAAUUGGUACAUCACAAUCUCAUUUUGAACAUUUUGAACAGAGCCCAAUGAAUAAAUAGUUUUU